GGCCUCUGCCCCAACCCUCGGGGGCUGCCCUCCUCCAAUCCAGUUCCCUCUCCAGCGCUGUUCACAUCUGGAGCCCCCUCCACAUCUGGAAGACCCUGAUCACCGUCCCUCUGCUGGUUCGGCUGCAUCUAAAGACCUCUGCCUUUGUAACUGCCUAGGAGUUGCGAGGGGAUUGCUGCCUUCCCCCAUCCCAAGGGCAUCUCUUACCCUUAGUCCUUGCAGAAUCAUCCCCCUGCCUCCGCAUCCAGAUUCAGGCAAAGAUCAGCUCUGUACACCAUUGGCACUUCAAGUCCUGGAAGCUGUUCUUGGGCCCAAGGCCCCUCCCCUUGCCCUCCUGUGUCCUCACCUUGACCCCCCCACCCCCGUCAGAUUCUGUCUCCCUCUGGGUGCUCCAUCCCCCACCCAGAGGCGAGUAGGUGGAGUGGCAGGCAGCAGGGGCUGGGUGAGGGCCGCCCAAGGCCAGGGUAGGCUGGGGGGCCGUUAAGAUGUGGAGCUCUGCCCGUCCGAGGGGGGCUCCGUGGAGGCAGACGAAGUGUGUGCCCCGCUGGGGCGAGUAUGGGCAGGCUUGCGGCCACGUGGUGAAGGAUGAACAUUCGGGGUGCCCCGGACCUCGGGCAGCCCAGUGACGACCCCAACAGUGGUGGAGAAAGAGAGCGGAUUCGACAGCGCAUGAAGAUGGUCAUCGGGCAACUUGAAGGCAUCCUGAGGGAACUCAAAGAAGUGGCUAAGGAGCUGAGGGAGGUGGUGAGUCAGAUCGACAAGCUAACCUCUGACUUUGACUUUGAACUGGAGCCAGAUGACUGGACCACGGCCACUGUGAGCAGCACCUCCAGCAGUGACAAGGCAGGUGCAGGCGGUCCCUUUGACCUGGGCCACCUGGACUUCAUGACGGCUGAUAUCCUCUCAGACAGCUGGGAGUUCUGUUCCUUCCUGGAUGUCUCUACCCCAUCAGACUCGGUGGAUGGUCCUGAGGCACCACGGCCAGGCACAGGCCCUGACUACCAGCUCAUGAAUGGUGGUUUGCCCAUCCCCAAUGGGCCACGAGUGGAGACACCAGACUCCUCCAGUGAAGAGGCCUUCAGUGCUGGCCCUGCAAAGGGCCAGGUGCCCCAGCGGACUCCAGGGACAAGGGAGAGGGUACGGUUCAGUGACAAAGUGCUCUACCACGCUCUGUGCUGUGACGAUGAAGAGGGGGAUGGUGAGGAGGUAGAGGAGGAAGAGGCGGGCCUGGCCCCAGAGCUGCCCCGUGUGGAGCCACACACAGGCCCCCUCAAGCCCUCCCCAGCCCCCUACAAGACCAAACGCUCUCCGUUGACCACCCGACGCUUGGGCCCCACGUUGGCCCCAGAACAGACCCGGAGGGUCACAAGGAACAGCAGCACUCAGACAGUAUCAGACAAGAGCACGCAGACAGUGCUGCCCUACACAGCCACCAAACAGAAAGCUAAGGGCAAGAACUAGGGGCUUGGGGGGGUGGUGCGGGGGAUGCAUAGAGCUAUAAAUAUAUAUAUAUAUAUUUAAACAAA